UUUGUGUCUCUUUCAGAGGAGUGCAACCCUGAAACUCGUCCUAUUGAGAGAAAAAGAUCAGCUGUUACUGCAAAAACUAUAAAGCCUGCAGAAGACAAAGAUGAUGAUGACUCUAUAGCUGAUUUUCUCAAUAGUGAUGAGGAAGAGGACAGAGUUUCUUUGCAGAAUUUAAAGAAUUUAGGGGAGUCUGCAGCAUUAAGAAGCCUACUGCUCAAUCCACACCUUAGACAGUUGAUGGUCAGCCUCGAUCAGGGGGAUAACAAGGCAAAACUCAUGAGGGCCUGCAUGCAAGAACCCUUGUUUGUAGAGUUUGCUGACUGCUGUUUACGGAUUGUGGAACCAUCCCAGGAUGAGGAUUCUUAAGAUGGAUUAUUGUGCUGCUUGCUCAGUC